CAUCUGUAAAAGUUAUUUUUUUUUUCUUUUGUAUCAUCUUUUCCAGAAUAUACACUUUUACGUGAUCAUUACUUAGACUUAUCUUUUUCCUUCUUUUUAUAUUCUUCAAAUCACUUUUACAUCUUACUUUUGUAUUCAUCAACUUUUAUCAUUCGACACAACUCGGUUCAAAAAGAAUUAUUAUACGUCAAGGAUGCAGAUGCUUACAAAGUUUGAAUCGAAAAGCAAUCGCGUCAAAGGAAUCGCCUUCCAUCCUAAACGACCAUGGAUAUUGGCUUCUUUACAUAAUGGUUGUGUACAACUUUGGGACUAUCGUAUGGGGACUUUAUUGGAACGUUUUGAUGAACAUGAUGGACCUGUUCGUGGUAUUGCUUUCCAUCCCACACAACCACUUUUUGUCUCUGGAGGUGACGAUUAUAAAAUCAAAGUAUGGAAUUACAAGACUCGUCGAUGUUUAUUUACUUUAAAUGGUCAUUUGGAUUAUGUACGUACUGUAUUUUUCCAUCAUGAAUAUCCUUGGAUUAUUUCAUCAUCAGAUGAUCAAACUAUUCGUAUCUGGAAUUGGCAAUCUCGUACUUGUAUUGCUAUUCUUACUGGUCACAAUCACUACGUUAUGUGUGCUCAAUUCCAUCCAAAGAAUGACCUUGUGGUAUCUGCUUCUAUGGAUCAAACUGUACGUGUAUGGGAUAUUUCUGGUCUUGUUAAAAAGAAUCAAGCUCCUUCUGCAAUGUCAUUUGAUGAUCCUUUUGCUAGACAAAACUCUCAAGCUGAUCUAUUUGGUUCUACUGAUGUUAUGGUCAAAUACGUAUUGGAAGGUCAUGAUCAUGGCGUCAAUUGGGCUUCCUUCCAUCCUACUCUUCCUUUGAUUGUAUCUUCUGGUGAUGAUCGCCAAGUUAAACUUUGGAGAAUGAAUGAUUCCAAGGCAUGGGAAGUAGAUAGUUGUCGUGGUCAUUUCAAUAACGUAUCAAGUGCUAUCUUCCAUCCUAGACAAGAACUUAUUUUAUCUGAUGGUGAAGAUAAAUCUAUCCGUGUAUGGGAUAUGACAAAACGAACAGCCGUUGCCACCUUCAGAAGAGAUCAUGAUCGUUUUUGGGUAUUAACUGCUCAUCCUGAAUUGAAUCUUUUUGCUGCAGGUCAUGACAGUGGUUUGAUUGUUUUCAAAUUGGAACGUGAACGUCCCGCUUUCCAAGUUCACCAAAGUCAACUGUACUACGUGAAAGAUAAGAUUGUUCAUGUCCAUGACUUUGGAAGUACUGCUGAUCAAGAAGUUCUUAGUGUUCGCAAAUUGGGAUCUCAAUAUAUUCAACCUCGUACAUUGUCUUAUAAUCCUGCUGAACGUGCUGUGCUCAUUACCUCACCGCAAGAUGGUGGUAUCUAUGAACUCUAUCAUUUGCCCAAGAAUUUGUCAGGUUCUUUGAAAGAACCUAUGGAUGAAUCUAAACGUGGUACCGGUCAUUCUGCUCUCUUCAUUGCUCGUAAUCGUUUUGCUGUAUUGGACAAGACUAAUCAACAAAUUCAAAUCCGUGAUCUCACCAAUACUGUCACCAAAUCAUUCAAAACCCCUAUUCCUGUGAAUGAAAUCUUUUAUGCUGGUACUGGAAGUUUGAUUAUGGCUACACAAACUUCUGUUAUUCUGUUUGACCUUCAACAACGUCGAGUAUUGACAGAACUUCCUGUGGCUACUGUCAAGUAUGUGGUAUGGUCCAAUGAUCAAAAUAUGGUGGCUUUAUUGAGCAAACACACAAUUACACUUGCCGAUAAGAAUUUGAAACAAAUCUGUCAAAUCCAUGAAACGAUUCGCAUCAAGAGUGGAACUUGGGAUGAUUCUGGUGUCUUUCUAUACUGUACUUUGAAUCAUAUCAAAUAUGCAUUGCCUCAAGGUGAUAGUGGUAUUAUUCGUACUUUGGAUCAACCUGUGUAUUUGACUCGUGUCAAGGGAAAGACAUUAUAUAUUUUGGAUCGUGAUGGCAAGGCUCGUUCUAUUAUGAUUGAUCCUACUGAAUACCGAUUCAAGUUGGCUCUUAUCAAACGUCAAUAUGAAGAAGUACUACAUAUUAUUCGCAACUCCAAUCUGGUUGGACAAUCUAUUAUUGCAUAUUUACAAAAGAAGGGUUAUCCUGAGAUUGCUUUACACUUCGUCCGUGAUGAAAAGACUCGAUUUGAAUUAGCUUUGGAAUGUGGCAAUUUAGAUAUUGCAUUGGAAACAGCAAAAUCAAUGGACAAAGCUGAUUGUUGGAUGAAGCUCAGUGCUGAAGCAUUACGUCAAGGAAACUACAAGAUUGUGGAAUUAGCUUAUCAACGAACUCAAAACUAUGAUCGCCUUUCUUUCAUGUAUCUUUCAACUGGCAAUGAAACCAACCUUCGCCAAAUGAUGAAGAUUGCUGAACUUCGUGGUGAUCCUAUGUCUCGAUUCCAAAAUGCUUUAUACCUUGGUGACAUUGAAGAACGAAUUCGAUUGCUUGAAGAUGCAAAUCAAUUACCUCUCGCUUAUAUGACCGCCAAGGCCAAUGGACUUACUGAACGUGCUGAAGCUAUUCUUGCUGCCGCAGGAAAGACGGAAGAAGAUAUCCAUCUUCCUACCAUAUCUACUGAUCAAUCUAUCUCACGACCCAAACCCUUGUCACAACUUGAAGAUCCCAACUGGCCUUUGUUGACUGUAUCCAAAAGUUUCUUCGAAACCGCCUUUACCAAUGCUAGUGUUGACAGUAAUGGACCUACCAAUCUUGCUACUGGACCUACCUUCAAAUUUGAUGAAAAUAUUGAUGACAUGGGCGAUAUCGAUGGUGGUGAAUGGGGUGGUGAUGAUGAUAUUCUUGAUUUGGCUGGUGACAAGCAUAACCUUAGAAAUGAAGAUGAUCUCUUUGAAGCUGGUGAACAAGAUCUUUUGGAUAUUGGUGGCGGCGAUGAAGAUGGUGGAUGGGGUCUGGAUGAUGAUAUUAAGGAUGACAUUGAUGCUGAAAUUAGUCGUGUGGCGGCCAAGGAAUCUGCUGAAUUUGUACCUCCUACUGCUGGACCAAGUGAAAGUGCACAAUGGCUUCAAAACUCUCCUUUGGCUGCUGAUCAUAUUGCUGCAGGUUCCUUUGAAUCUGCCAUGCAGACUUUGAACCGUCAAGUUGGUAUUGUCAACUUUUCACCACUCAAGAACCACUUUUUAUCUAUCUAUGAAUCAUCACGUAUUUAUUUGUCACCUAUGGCUUCCAAUCCUCCUUUGCAAUUCUAUCUUCGACGCAAUCCAGAAGAAUCGACAACACGCACCAGCUUACCUCCAGUAUUAUACAAUGUAGAGAAUCUUAGCCGUAUGCUUCAAGCAGGUUAUCGACUUUUCUCAUCAGGACGACUUGCUGCCAUCUCUGUACAAUUCAAGACUGUUUUGCAUGCUGCGUUAUUCACGGUGGCUGCUGAUCAAAAGGAAGCGGAUGAAGUGUCGCAAUUAAUUGACAUAUGCAGGGAAUAUAUCACUGGUGUGGCUUUAGAACAGAUGCGACGAUCGAUAUCAUCAUCAGCUACAGCAACAGAACCAGCACAACAAAAGCGGGCAUUAGAACUAGCAUCAUACUUUACUCAUUGUCAGUUGCAAUCAACACAUCUUCAAGUGGCUCUACGACAGGCAACCAAACAAGCGUUCAAGCUCCGGAACUUCAUCACUGCAUCUCAAUUUGCACGUCGUCUACUUGAAUUGGCUCCUGCUGCUGCUAUUGCUGAAGAGGCAAGACGAAUUCAAGCUGUAUGUGAACAAAAUUUGCGUGAUGAUAUCGAUUUGGCUUAUGAUCAGUACAAUCCAUUUGUGGUAUGUGCCAUCACUUAUGAACCAAUUUACAAGGGCUCACCCAAGACGACAUGUUCAUUCUGUCAAGCAUCCUACAAACCUGAAUUGGCUGGAAAACUAUGUACGAUUUGUGAUGUGGCUCAAAUUGGAUCCAAUGCAAGUGGACUUCGUGUAUUGGCUUAGAUUUAUUUAUAUAUCUCUCUCUCCCUUUAUCUUUCACUACACCAUGGUUUAGCGUUUGCUCCUGAAAAUCUAUUACUACUAUAUAAACGUUUACUGCACUUCUUUUAUUCUUUAUUUUCUCCUUUUGUCUCUGUUUCCCAUAUACAUUUUUUACUCUUUUUCUUCCCCCUUUUUAUACUUUACAUUUACGUACUCUUUCCAAAAAAAUAAAAUAAAAUAAAAUAAAAGAUAAUGACUGAUUUUGUUCCAUCCUCC